AUGGAGGCGCACUUUGAUCGCUGGAGGGAGACAGAGAUGCACGAGGAGCUCAAUGACCUUCACCAUCCCGUCGUGGUAGUACUGCAAAGGGCCCUGAUUGCCGCGCUCGAAGACGGAAUUACAGCUGUAGAGGUGGCCACAUUCCUGGCAGAGUUGGCACAGCGACAGGAAGGUACCUGUACAACGGACGUGGCUUCAGAUAUUGUCGACUUGAUCUGGAUCAUGGACAUUGAAAGCGAGGCUAUUAGUCGGGAGCGUCAAGACAAGCUCCGUGAACUCACCAAAGCUAUCAUCGCAAGGGCAUUUGUUCCUGUCGACAUCAUGAAGGAGAGAUGGGAGAUUCCGUUUCUGGAACAGGUCGGACUCAUCCCCAACUCAAAAUGGUUCACCGUCCGCGUCGUGCGUAUCAACACAUCCCAAUUAUACAAGCAACAAAAGUACAAUCUCUUGCGCGAGGAAUCAGAGGGAUACUCCAAAUUGAUCACGGAAUUGGCAAGCGGGACCGCCGACGAAGAUAACGACAAGGCGACAGAAGAUAAGGCCAGCACCGUCCUCACCCACGUCCAAUCUCUCAUCGGUUGUUUCGAUCUGGAUCCCAACAGAGUUUUGGACAUUGUUCUAGACGUGUUUGCUGCGAAUAUCGUCACACACUACCGUUUCUUCAUUCACUUCCUGGGAAUGUCUCAGUGGAACCCAAAAGCUCAGGAGCAUGGAACAGCUGGUCGCGUCAAGACCUGUGCACAGAUCCUGGGCUUCAAAUUUCAGAUCCUUCAAAAACAGGAGCAUCGUCACAAGAACCCGGUCGAGCUCUACAUGGUGGCAGCUUUGCUGAUCAAGUCGUCGAUUGUGAUGCUUGAAGACCUCUACGCACAUCUUUCGUUGCCUGAUGAGGCUAUGGAAGCAGAGUACAAGAAAUUUGUGGCAGACAUGAAGGACAAGGCCAUGUCAUUCAAGGGCAACGCUUUGGCUAUGGCAGGAGCGUUGUUGGAUGACGCGCCCACAGGAAGCGCAGCGACAGCUACUAAGGAGGCGCCUAAGCCAGAUGCCAGCGCAGCUGAGCCAGUGGUGGAGCUGCCACUCCCAAACCAAAAAGUCGGCAUCACGAACGCUCUGCUUGCUAUUGGAGAUGUAGAGAAUGCUUUGCUUGUCCUCGCCAACUUUCCACGACUCACAGCAUCAUACCCGGAGAUGGCAGAUCUGAUCUGUCGGAUUAUUCACGUUAUGAUCCAAGGAGUCUACGACCAAUUCUCGCCAAGCAAGCGCCACCCCGAGCUGGUUCAGGACAAGGGCAUUACGAAUCGAUAUCCCACAGUUCCAAAGGGGCGGGAAAUCACUACUCUCCGCAUUUUGUCGCCUCGGAUUCCCCUUUCAACGUCGACGCAGCGCUACGAGUUUUUCUAUACAAAGUGGGCUGAUGGUCUACUCCGCUGUGAUUCGAUCGAGGAUAUUGUCGAGUUUGUCCACCCUUUGCUCACUGUAGUCGGUGUUCGCAUUCAUCGUGACACCGUCCUUGUUACAAAGCUUUGCCGCAUUGGAGCAGGAACGUUAGAUAGCCUUCGGGAGUCGAUCAAGCGCGAGGAGCUGAAGCAGACGUUGUUGGAACAAAAAGACGGCGAGGCUGCAACUGACGAUUCAGUUAUCAAGAGCCUCGUUGCCAGGAAAGAAUUCGUCGAAUCUAUUUGGGUGGACAUGACAAGAGCACUGUUCCUCCCAACUAUUUCUCUAAUCUACUCCAACCCGGGCCUGGUAAAUGAGGUUUGGCAGGUUUUGAAGGGCUUGCGAUAUGAAACACGAUUUGGUCUCUACGGAGAAUGGAAGACAGAGUCGUCAAAAUUGUACCCGGAGAUGUUGGUCGUCACUGCGGAGACAGAGAAGGAGGCCAAGAACGUGAUGCGCCGAAUCAACAAGGAGGACGUGAAGCAAUAUGGACGCAAGUUUGCCAAGCUGGCUCACUCGAACCCCCUUAUCGUCUUUGCUGCAGCCAUGAAGCAACUCGAAGGAGGAUACGACAACAUGGUUCAGCCGCUCGUUGACGCCUGCAAGUACCUCACCGACUUUGGCUACGACGUUCUGGGAUACGCCCUUCUCGAGUCCAUUUCCAAGAACACCCGCAGCAAAGUCCAAGAAGAUGGCGUCUUGCCAGCCAAAUGGAUGAACACAUUGGCGUCGUUCUGCGGAAACUUGUAUCGCAAGUAUCCCUCGGCCGAGCUCGAUGGCAUCCUGCAGUACAUUGUCAACCAACUGCGUAUGCAGAUCCCACACGAUCUGGUCGUCUUGAGGGAGCUGCUGUCAAAGAUGGGCGGUGUCGAGGAUCCAAGUAAUCUGAACGACACGCAGCUUCAGGCCAUGGCAGGAGGAGAAUUGCUCAGGAACGAGGCUCUCUUUGGAGGCGUUGCCGGAACGGUCAUGAAGAAGAACGCCAAGAGUUGCUACCGUUUGCAGGAGGCGAUGCUCCACGACAACAUUGCCAGCCACCUCUUGGUCUUGCUCGCGCAACAUCGACAGGAGUGCAUCUUUGGCGAGGAGGAGAUUCCUCACCUGAAGCUUCUGAGUAACUUGACGGAUCAAGCACAUACUAUGCUUCUUCAACUCACGGACUUCAUGUCGGUUAACCUCCAGAAGGACUACCCUCGAAUUGUUCCCUCACUCACCGACCUGUGUUCCAAGUACAAAAUUGAGCCAAGCGUGGCCAUGCACAUCUUGCGCCCAAAGCUUCAAGACUUGGUUCAGAAGGAACGGGAGCAAAAGGAGCGAGAACUGAAAUCGGUGGCGACUCAGGGCAAGCCAACCGCGGAUGCUAACGUGCCUAAACAGGAAGCCAUGGAAAUCGACAGUCAGCCAACUAUUGCCGGCGAUUCUUCAACAAGCGCCAACCCUACGGAAACGGCUGCCCUGCCGUGGCUCAAAUCCCUUGAACUCAUCGCGGAGGAAGCUAAGGCGAUUCUCCCUACAAGGGCCUGGCGAGGGCUGAGCCCUCAGUUCUAUGUUACCUUCUGGCAGUUGAGUCUCUACGACGUCUUUGUGCCUGUGGAUCAGUACAAGGCCGAAAUUGCAAAGUUGAAGCAGGCCGUUGUCAACAUGGACAAUGACCGGGCCCAUUAUGGCCCCACUGCGCAGGCGAAGCGAGGCCGAGAUCGUGAGCGACUUCUCAUCUCGGCGGCCAGACUAGACCUUGAGAUGAAAAACCAACUCAUCAACCACAAGCACGUCACGGAGCGCCUCAAGAGAGAAUCUCAGCAUUGGUUCGCAGGCUCCAGUCAGACAAUUCAGUACUGCAUCUACCCUCGUGCUAUCUCGUCCAAUCUCGAUGCACUGUACUGCUCCAAGUUCCUGGAGAUUAUGCACAAUCUGGGAACCGCCAACUUUUCAACCCUCUCUGUUUACGACAAGUUGAAUAUGGAGAUUGAUCGCGUCAUUUUCCUGUCUUCAGAACACGAAGCGAAGACGUAUGGCCGGUUCAUGAACCAGGUUCUCUCGCAUCUUGGCCGGUUGCAUGCCAACAAGGACAUAUUCGAAAAGGAAGCGGUUCCUUCUCAUCUCAUAGGAUUCCGUAAGGAGUGGCGAGACACACCUAAGCUUUUGGAGUAUGAAGAUUUCCGGCACUUGAUGUACAAGUGGCACACCAGACUCUUCAGGAUAUUUGUUGGCAUGCUGGAUUCCAAAGAGUACAUGCGGAUCAAGAACUCGAUCAUGAUCCUCCGAGAGAUCGCGUCGUGCUAUCCGGUUUUGUCUCUCAUCGGAAACAAACUGUUCUCCACAGUUCAGAAUCUCGCCGUCAAGGAAACUAGAGAUGACCUCAAGCUCAUGGCGAAUGCCUAUCUGGGAGUCCUCAAAAAACAGCAGGACAACGAUCUCUGGAUUGCCGUAGCAUUGUUCCACAAACAUAAGCCAUCAACAUCAGCGGAUUCAGGACGCUCAGCUCCCCGUGAUGCCCCAACCUCACCGACAGUUAAUGGGUCUCAAGCUGCCACACAGCAGACUAAGGCCGAAGUUGCCAGACCUGCUCAGUCAUUGUCCAACAACUACAGAGAGAGUGAUGAUAGAGGAUAUUCGCGCUCAUCAACUACCAAUAACCUUGCCAAAGAUCGAGUCAACACCGUCAGGGACUCCCGCAUCGGCGGAACAGUCUCUCCCGGAGGUGGAGGUCGAAGGAACAUUCCACUCCCUCCCAAACCUGCUGUCCCAGCAUAUGAUAGCAGGAACGAUCAAUCUCAGGCAUCUCUCAACAGAGACACUCGCGAUCCCCCAGUUCGUGAGAGAGAAUCCUCCGCUGUGACCAACCAGCCCCGUGUCGAUGCAGUGCCAGAGCUACUUGUUAUUUCUUUGAAGAGCACACCGACCACGCGGGACGCCCAGGAGAACAAGGACGGCGCCAAAGACCAACCGCGUGAGUCUACCCGUGACGAUGGCAAGGAAAUUGCUCCUCGAGACUCGACCAAGGAGUCAGCCAGAGAACUAAGCAAGGAUCAGGGUAACCGAGACCAAACGAGGAACUCGCCUCGUGAUGUCGGAAGGGACUACAAAGAUAGCAAUAUUCAGCGCGAUGGAGGCGGACGUGAUCGGAUUCGAGAUUUGGUCGAAGGUACCGAUCGGGAACCUCGAGGUGACCUGAAGGGAUCAUCCGCCAUGCCUCCAUCCGAUGUCAGAGACCGUCGCGAUGGACGAGACAUUGCCGUCAGUCGAAAAGACCUCCGAGACUCUGCGCCCAGGGACCCUCGCGAGAGAGACGCUCGUGAUGGACGGGACGCAAGGGAUGCCCGACCUUUGCCAGCCUCUGCUCGGGAUUUGCGUGAGUUGAGAGAUGGAGGUGAUGCAAGGGAGGGUAGGAAUGGCAGAGAGCCACGUGAGAGUCGGGAUGUUCGAGACGCCAGAGAUAUCCGAGAUCUGCGUGAAGGCCGAGAUGCAAGAGAUCCACGGGAUGUCCGCGAAGGCCGAGAUGCUCGAGAUACCAGGGUUCUCCUGGCCCCCAAGGACCCGCGGGAAACGCCGCGCGACGAAGCCAGAGAGGGCAAGGAUGCGCGCGACGGAGGAGCCCGUCCUGCCAUUCCACGCCAACAAUCGAGCGAGACCUCGCGGGUGCAUCCCUCUCGAGCUGCUCUGCUUCAAUUGGAUACUGGGUCGCCAAGUGAGCCUUCGAACGACAUUGACCGUCCAAAGGAGCGCGAACGAUACCGCGACGAUGACGAUAAGAAGGCAGCAACCGGACGUGAGACAGAGAGAGGCCGUGACAGAGAUAUUGUGGAAGACCCGGAUCGAGCAAUGUUGCGCGAAGGGGCCAGGGACAGAAGAACUCAAGGCCGGGAACGCGUUCGCGAAGCUAUCAAGGAGGCUGUUGCGUCGGAUAUCCCUUCAAUGGCCAGCGGGCGAGAUCGCCAACGUGGUGACGGCGGCGGGCGUGAUCAGGAAAGGCGAGGCGCAGACCGCCGAGACGAAGUCACUGGCACCAACCGCACCAAAGUCUCUCCUACCAGACGAGGCGAAGACAGGGCAAGAGAAGGUCGUGAACGCGAGGGCCGAGCCUCUCCUCCGAGUGCCGAGAGUGUGCGUGAAGGUCACCGAGAAGUUCCAGAGUACGGCCGAGACGAAAAUCAAGAUCGAGAGGAGGUACGGUCUUCUCGCGGAGGCGCCAGACAAGAGCCCAGUACGCGUGAUCGCGACGGACGUGGUACUUCUCGCCGCCAUGAAGCAGGCCAAGAAGAGAGCCGCAAGGGAGGCAGGGAAUCCCGAUCAGAGCGUCGAACCGACUCGAGCGAUCGAAAACGUGGUCGUGGAAGCCGAAACCCCAGUCCUGAGCGCGAGAAGGAAUCUAAGCGUCGACGUGAUGAUCCAACAGCCGAAGAAACAAGGGGUUCGAGCCGAAGUGCUAGUUCAAGUCGUAAGCGCCAAAUUGAACCAGAUGUCGGCCGCGAUGGUUCGCCCCGAGAUAGGACUAAGGACCUGCCCUCGUCCUCGCCAUUAGCAGAAUCUUUCACUGUCGAUUCUUUGGCAAUGCCUCCACCCCCACCGCGUGCAGAUGGAAGCGCUGCUGUCGUCCGUCCUGGAUCUCCCCUGAUGUCUACACCCAGCGCAAACGCGAGAGGAGUAGCCAUUGUCACUCCUUCGGGAUCAAAACGUAUCAAGCUGAACCGACCCACGGAUGACCACCCUUCAGAUGUAUACCUUCAGAGCAGUUCUUCGAGCUCGCCAAAUUUCUCCUCUCGACAUGACCACGAUGGACUUUCUGGAGCAAGUAUCGAAAUUGGCCUUAGCACGAGCUCGCUCCGUUCGCGAUCGAACGCUGGCGGUGGAUCGACGGCGGACCAUGGUAUUUCUACCUCCCGCGGCCACGAAGAAUCUCGCCGAGAGUAA